GGGUGAGCGCGGCCGGGCUCCGGCCGGCACUGCCGCAGGGAUGGCGGCGGCCGCGGCGAGGGGUUCAACCCCCGUGGGGAGCGCUGCGAGCCGCCCCGUGACCCGCUGAGCGCCCUCCGCCUACGCGCUGCCGUUACCCCUCCCCGCGGGCCGGCCCGGCUCUGCAGUCGCCAUAGAGACCGCGGCGCACGCCAUGGGGCGGAGGCUGGGCCGGGGGGCGCCGCUGUAGCCCCCGCCCCGCGCCGCGCACACCAUCCCCUGUGGGGCCGGGGGCGCCGCAGGGACUCGCCGCGCCGCCCCGAGGAGCCGCCGCCUCGGCCCCGUUCCAGUGACUGGUUAAAUGGAAGCCAUUCCUGGGAUCUGGAUGGUUUCUUCUGACGCAGACUUUGCAUAGCAGCUCCGUUGCCUCAGGAGGUUGCAAUGAGUGGAGGAGGGGAUCAGCCUGACAUCCUCAGUGUGGGAAUAUUGGUCAAAGAAAGAUGGAAAGUGUUGAGGAAAAUAGGAGGUGGAGGGUUUGGAGAAAUUUACGAUGCACUGGACUUGCUUACUCGGGAAAACGUUGCACUGAAGGUCGAAUCAGCUCAGCAGCCAAAGCAAGUGCUGAAAAUGGAAGUAGCUGUGUUGAAGAAGCUGCAAGGAAAAGAUCAUGUCUGUAGAUUCAUAGGAUGUGGACGGAAUGACAGAUUUAACUAUGUGGUCAUGCAAUUGCAGGGUCGGAACUUGGCAGACCUGCGUCGUAGCCAAUCUCGAGGAACAUUCACCAUUAGUACCACUCUGCGGCUUGGGAAGCAGAUUUUGGAAUCUAUUGAAAGUAUUCAUUCUGUGGGAUUCCUGCACAGGGACAUUAAACCAUCAAACUUCGCUAUGGGACGUUUUCCAAGCACCUGUAGGAAGUGUUUUAUGCUGGAUUUUGGCUUAGCACGGCAAUUUACCAACUCAUGUGGUGAUGUCAGACCACCACGAGCUGUUGCUGGUUUUCGAGGAACGGUACGAUACGCAUCAAUCAAUGCUCAUAGAAACAGAGAAAUGGGUCGGCAUGAUGACCUCUGGUCUCUCUUCUACAUGUUGGUGGAAUUUGUGGUUGGGCAACUGCCUUGGAGAAAAAUAAAAGAUAAGGAGCAAGUGGGCUCCAUUAAAGAAAGGUAUGAACACAGACUUAUGUUGAAACAUCUUCCUCAAGAAUUCAAUGUCUUUCUGGAUCACAUUUCUAAUUUGGAUUACUUUACAAAGCCUGAUUACCAGCUUCUUAUGUCUGUGUUUGACAACAGCAUGAAAACAUUUGGGGUUAUUGAAAGCGACCCUUUUGACUGGGAGAAGAGUGGAACUGAUGGCUCUCUGACAACAACAACAACUUCAACCACCCCUCAGUUGCACACUCGUCUUACGCCGGCUGCAAUUGGAAUUGCCAAUGCCACUCCUAUCCCAGGAGAUUUGCUGCGGGAAAACACAGAUGAAGUAUUCCCUGAUGAACAGCUCAGUGAUGGAGAGAAUGUUAUUCCAGUUGGUGUAUCACCAGAGAAACUACCUGGAUCCCCUGGGCAUCAGCGUCCUCAGGAAAAAGAUGUUUGGGAAGAAAUGGAUGCAAACAGAAACAAAAUAAAACUGGGGAUCUGUAAGGCUGCCACAGAGGAAGAAAACAGCCAUGGACCAGUGAAUGGAAUACUUAAUGCCCCAAGUCUUGGUUCUCCAAUUCGCGUUCGCUCAGAGACCACCCAGUUAGACAGAGAUGUUCCACUGGUGCGAAAGUUACGUUCCAUUCACAGCUUUGAACUGGAGAAGCGUAUGACGUUGGAGUCUAAGCCCGACACCGAUAAGUUUCUUGAGACCUGUUUGGAGAAGAAGCAGAAAGACUUGAAUGUGGCAGAGACUCCUGUUGCUGCUGUUCCUCCUCUUUCUCAGAAAACUUUGGUUCCUGCUCCUGUGACUGGCCGCACAGACCAUGUUUGGCAUUAUGAUGAAGAAUAUCUUCCAGAUGCUUCAAAGCCGGUGUCAGCUAAUUCUCCUGACCAUGCUGAUGGUGUUAUGAGCAAUGGAUUUGUAGCUGUUAACCUAAGCUCCUGCAGGCAGGAGGUUGAUUCUAAAGAAUGGGUCAUAAUAGAUAAGGAACGGGACUUGCAGGACUUCAGGACAAAUGAGGCUUUGGGGCACAAAAUGACUGGAAGUCCCUCAGAUGAGGAGCCAGAGGUACUACAAGUUCUAGAGGAGUCCCUUCCAGAAGAGAAGUCCAGAGAGGGUGGUUGGGCAGGAAACAAUGUCCAUGCUAAGAACCAAACUUCAGGGGUGGAGUUUGUUCUAGAUGCGGAAUGUCAUCCUGCUGCGUCUGAACAGCUUACAGAUAAAUUGGAACUUCUGUCUGGAGCUGCAGGACAGCUUCUUGCUGCCACCCCUACAAGUCCUAUGGAAGCUCAAGCAGAAGGAGCACUCACUCCGCUCAGCUCAUGUCAUAUGCUGCAUUUCUCCACUCCAAGAAUUUCAAGUCCCAUCCUCCGCACCAUGAGCCCUGUAGCCUAUCUAUCCAUCCACUUGGACCCUCUGAGGGAGGCUGGUUUACCAAGGAGUCAGUCAGCUGAGAGCCACUCCUCUUCCUCCCGAUCAACUGGUCGUAGGCAGCUUCCUGUCAUUCCCUGUGGCAACAAGUUCCCCCCUGUCAUUCGCAUCUCAAAAGCACAACUUGAGCAGAUAACAAUACCCAGACCUUCAGUGGCAUCCACACAGUCUGCUUCAGAGAGCUUUCACUAUGGACAGCAGCUAGAGAGAAGAGAGCAGGAUGGUCAGUCUGUGGAACACACUGUGGAACUUACCUCUCCAAAGGAAAGUUUGCCAGGUUUGGUUGGGACAGAAGAUGCACUUCCAGCUAGUGCCAGCAGACCAAAUUUGAUACUUAAUAUUAGCCAAGAGGUGCUUGACAGGGAAGGACUUGUCAAAGAAUCUGUCAGUGUCUUGGACUGUGGCCAAAAGGACCUACCUGAACACAGUGGGAUACAGGAAGAGAAAGAACUUGGAAAUAUUGCUGUGGAGGAAGCUGAGGAAGAAGGGCUUCCAGUGGUUUCUGAGGAUGCCAUUGAAAUGCUAAGCAAAGAACAGAAUUCUUCUUUGCCAGGAAACUCAAAACCUGCAGAGGAAGAACCUCUAACAAAUACUGAAGCAGCUCAAGAAUCAAAGUUGAGGCCUGUCUGUUUGUUGCCAAAUCAGGAUGAUGUUCUGAAGUCAGUAGCACCUAAAACAUCAGAAUUGUCUCCCUCAAGACUUAAUAACACACAUGGCAAUAGACAGGCAAGUAAAAUAGCAACCAUUCAGGAGAAUGGUUUUCAUUCUGAUAAGGAGGAAGUCCAUAGCCAAAACUUGAAAUGCCACCAAGUGGCCCUUACUACUUUUUUGCAGCAGGAGAAUAAAAAAGAGAAAAAUGCUCCCAGAAAUGGAGAGUUACUCCACUGCAUUUCAGAAAAUGAGAAUUCUUACCGAUCUAAGAGGGACUCAGUUAAAUCUCCUUUUGUAUUUAGGCAGAGCCGAAUCCCAGUUUUAGCACAAGAGAUAGACUCAAUAUCAGAUUCCUCUUCUGUUUCCGCAAAGGAAAAGCUUCUUCUGAAAAAGGCCCAUCAGACAGACUUGGUCAAAUUACUUAUGGAAAAGAGACAGCUCAAAUCUUUCCUUGGUGACCUCUCAAGUGCCUCUGAUAAGUCACUGGAGGAAAAAAUGGCUACUGCUCCAGUACCGUUUUCUGAGGAUGAUGUCUUAGCUUCGUUUUCUAGAUUGACACUGGACUCCCAUUUCAGCAAGCAGAAUGAAGAUAGCUCUUUAUCUCCAAGCAGCCCUCAGUCCAGAAAAAGCAAGAUUCCAAGGCCAGUGUCUUGGGCAACCACUGAUCAAGUCACCGGUUCAAGUUCAGCUCAGUUCUUUCCUCGGCCACCCCCAGGAAAACCGCCUACAAGACCCGGGGUAGAAGCUAGGUUGCGCAGAUACAGAGUCCUAGGCAGUAGCAACUCGGACUCAGAUCUUAUCUCUCGUCUGGCUCAAAUCCUACAAAAUGGAUCUCAAAGACCAAGGAGUUCUACCCAGUGUAAGAGUCCAGGAUCUCCACAUAGUCCAAAAACACCACCCAAGAGCCCUGUCAUCCCCCGCCGCAGUCCCAGUGCCUCCCCUAGGAGCUCUUCUUUACCCCGUACUGCCAGUUCUUCUCCAUCCCGGGCUGGGAGAUCUCAUCAUGAUCCGAGGAGUUCAUCCCCACAUCUUGGGAGGAGUAAAUCACCUCCUAGCCAUUCAGGCUCCUCAUCUUCUAGGAGAUCCUGCCAACAAGAGCAUUGCUGCAACAAACCAAGCAAGAAUGGUCUGAAAGGAUCUGGCAGUUCUUUCCACCAUUCCCCAAACACUAAGACUUCCACAGGAAAGAGCAAAUCAACUACUAAGCUUAGCAGAUAGGAACUGGGCCUUGACAGGUAUAAAGUCUCCUCCUAAAUCUGAUGCAUGUUGUGUCUGUGUACUGUGUAUUUAAAAAAAUAAUCAAAAAAAGUAUAUUAAAAAAAAGUGUUGAAUCCGCACAUUUUAAAGAAAGUAGCCAUUGUAAACUAUUCAUGAGAAAGCAUUCUGUGUAAAUAAAUGGCCAGGCUUUGCCUUAGAGCAGGCAGCAAGCAGAUCCGCAAGACAGGAAGUAGAGGCCAGGAUAAGAAUGACUGGGUAGUCAAAGAGGUGCAAUGUAUUUAGGGUAAAAAAGUAUCUUAAAGGUGAGUGUUUUAAAACGAUAUUAAUCUCAAUGUGUUUAGUUUCUCUAGUUAGAAGAUUUGGCGUAAUUAUUUAAGGCCUUACAUACUCAAGGAGUAUGUAAGAAGACCUGAAAUGGUUAUUCCCAAAAUGACGUCACCACUCGGGAGAUAAGUAUGCUCAGGCAUUUCUUUGCAGUUUUAAAAAAGCACAGUUUAGAAGAUUAUAUUUCUGUCUUAUAAAUUUCUUCCAUUUUGAGCUGCACUCACCUUUGAGUCCCUGAGCGCUCAUUUUGUCCCCUAUGUAUCAUGGCACAGGUUUUUAACCUAAGUAUCAUAUACCUUGCCCCUUCUUGACACUGAUGAAAUGAAAAAAAAUAAUAUUAGCAUUUGACAAGAUGGUUUUGUACCUAUAUUACUCACAAAUCUGUUUAGUAGUAAUUAGGAUCCAAAAAGCUAAUUCUCAGUUCUAUAUCAUACAGAGUUUUGGGAGUCAUGGUGGGGUUCUUCAAACCACAUGUGGUAGGAUUUGGAAGAACUUCACUGGAUGUUGCAGAUUUACAAUAAAGUGCAGUGUAAGCUAGAAAGUAAGAACCUUUCCUUACCCCCUUUAUUCAGCUGAAGAAAGAACCUUUGUUAUUGCUGACUUUUUCCAUUAGUUAUAGAUCACUUAAACCACAGAUCUUACAAUGCAGAGCAGAUUACCAAUCAAGAUUUGUUUUUUCCAUCAUUUGUUUUCUAAAAUCAUGAAAGAUGAAACAGAGAUGAGGAGAUUGUCUACUUUGUGAACUUGAUAGGUUAGAGGUGACAGAAAUAUACUUUACACCCUUACAAAAUCUGGGUAAGAAUAUUAAUCAUCAAAGCAAAAUAUACUGAAAGAAUUCUAAGAUAUUUUUUAUAUUGGAUUCUUGUCAUUCUGUUUCCCAAAUGUGUUUUUGAUAGCCAAGCUUUGUUGACUCUCAGUAAAGUCCAUGGUGUGUAAUUCCUCCAACUUUAUUAAGUAGUUACUUAGUAACAUCUUGUGCUCUGCAGGAACUCUGUAGGGAAUGAACAGGUAUGGCACCUUUUGCUAUAUUCAGAAAAGCACAGUGGGUCAGAAUAGGGACACGCAAGAACGCAAGCCUGAGAAAGAUGCAGCCAGCUCUCCCUAAUGAUUCCCGUAGUGGGGACUCUGGAUGCAUAGUAGACUUGUCAAUUUCUGAUCUGCUUGCUGUAGUCAUAUGCCUCUCCAGCCAGCAUCUGUGCUUUUUUAUUUAACCUCUGCCAAAUGAAUACCUUUGGAUUAAAAAGGGAAUAUUUUGUCUCUGAGCUAACACAUUCUAAUGCUGCAUUAAAGCUGCCCUAGAGCUGCACUGAAUUUCACUUGCUGUCAGACUAUGUUGAUUUUUUUUUCUUUUCUUACUAUGACUAUGUAUAUUGUUUCCCAUAUGUAAUGUAGCACAGUGUGGAACCUUAAUUUCAUUCAGGUUUCAAGCACUACAGAUGAAUGCAAUAGGUAGGGUAUACCUGCUUUUUCUGAAGAAACUGUACCAUUGGAAAGUCCUAUUCCUUUGUAUUAUAUUGUAUAAUAGGUGCUAUACCAAUAAUUGCAUGUCCUCAUGGUAAAUUAUAUAAUAUAAAUAUUUAUAUAUACAUAUAUGUAUAUGGUUAUAUAAACUCAUUCUUUCUCAUUUUUGAUUUGUAAUUUAUGGACCACGAAUAAUACAGUUCCCUUUCUGUUAGUUCCCAUAUAGUUACCUCUUCUAUUCUCCCCUGCCAAAAAAAUCUGGAAUGCACAAAUUCUAAUAGCCUUUAUACCUUGGUACAGAAUUGAGGGACUGCUGAUUUCUCAACCAGCCAAUGUUUUGUCUUGCAGCUUGUUUUUUUUUUAAUUUCUAAUUUCAUGUGCACAUUUGCAUAUGGAACAAGAACAAAGACUCAAAAGGUAUUUUUAUUUUUUAGUACAAAUAAGUCUUGUGAUUACUCAUUUUUAUUUCAUAAUGUGAGUUCUUAAUUGUGAAUACUUGUCAUAUAGGAACAGUGACAGUCUAUGAAUACCUAACAGAUGAAUGUGACAACAACAAAUUCCAUCUUUUCCUUCCUGUUUUCUACAUGUUUCCUUAUGGUAUAUCAUAAAAAAGAACUUGGUCAUAUUGUGAUGUUUUUGUCCUGGGCACUUGCUGGAAUUAUUUGUUAAGGUGGUGUGGCAGCCCAUGAUUAUUUUUCCUUAUUUCUGAAAAGCAUUUAUUAUGGUCGUGUAAGUUUAUUCCUACAUUACAUUGUCAGUUUUAGUAAGUACCAACUUUAUGCAUCCUUGCCUGAAAAUGCUGAAGUUGAGGUGUUUAUAUUUUCUCUCUAGUGUAACAGGAUCCAGAAACAGAUAACUGCUUUGCAGGUGAGAAAGAAUAUAACACCUAUUUUAUGUUGUCUUCAAAGUACAGGCUUGUCCAUUGUUAGACAUUACUAUGUAAAGUAAACCAAUGCUGUAGAAAUUCACUUGUACUUGAACUACUUGCCAAUGUAAAAAUAGUAAACUAUGCCAAAAAGAAAAAGAGAAAUCAGUUGUGAUUGAUGACACAGUCUUCUUUUGGUGACGAAAAAGGUAAAAGGACUGCAUACCCCCAGUUGCUUUUUUGCUGUGGAUUCAACAGGAUCUAAGGAGAAAAUCAUGAAGAUAUGAAUGGAGGAGCAAUUGUGAAUAACUUAUCUUGAACUACCUGCUCUUCUUGAGUUUUUUGUUGCUUGAUACCCUUCUCCCAAAAGUUUACAGAAUUGCUUACUAUAGUCUAACAUAGCAAUCAGUUAAUGUUACUAUGUAAUGGUCAGCUGAUCAACUCAUACAUAAAUAUUAGCUUAAUAUUUCUAGAGGGCCUAUAUAAUUAUUAAGGACUCUGUAAGCUUCAGUAUUUGAAUGUGAAACUGGCUCUGCAGAAAAGCAUCAAUGUACAUGUGUGUGGCCCUUGUGCAGAGUGUGUGUGAAUGGUUUAUGGCAGGUUAUCUGCAACACAUUUUCAGGGACGGGGAAGAUUUUUCUCCAUUGUACAAAAUGGCUAUAGUUACUCUGCAUAGCCCACAGCAGCUUAUAUAGGAAUAUUAGCUGGGAAAUAAUAAAAUUCAAGGAGCUGUUACUUUGUCUUCUUCAAGCCCUCAUUUCUUUGGAGGGCAGUGCAAUGGAGCCAUGACAUGUAGCAGGUGCAGAUACUGCACGCUCAAUUCCUUCUUAUGGUGUAUUCUGUGUUGUGGCCAGCACUUUGGAGCAUUUUUUAGAGAAACUAAGGCAUGAAGCCUUUAAACUAAAAUAAAACUUGAAAUCACCAAACAUUUCACACAGACUUUUGUGCUACAAUAUUGCAUGGUAAAAUCAAUCUGUUUCAGUCUCAAAAAUCAAUAUUAAUUAACCUCUUUAUUAAUUACAAAUACCAAUUACUACUUAGGUAAAACCCUGCUAGAGUAAUAGAAGGUGUGAUACAGUAGAGCAAUGUUGGCAAGUUGUAUGAUGCUAGGCACCCAUCUACUGCUUGAGUGGGAUCAGUAAGUGUAGAAAAUUUCACUGCUCAAAGGCAGGAGCAAUAUGAGGUCUUAACUGCUAGUUACAUACAGGAGGCAAACCCCUGCAGAGUGACACAAGGCAUUCAUUACAGCCACCAGCCACAUCCUGUCCUGGAAAAUCUGGACAUAUUCAUACCUUGAAGUCUGCAUGUUUGAGAUCAAGCUUUCUUGCAUACCUCACUAAACAGUCUUGAUGUAUAAGGGAGGAUUUGGUCCUAUAUAUUUAAAAAUAGCUUGAAAUAUUUUUCAUCUGAAAAAGACUUGCAGGAGCUCUAUCAUCUAUGGUGUGUAGUAUUAUGGUAUUAACUACAGCUGGGAAAACACACGAUUUUGAUUUUUUAUAUAUAUAUAUAUAAAUACACAUUUGUACAUAAGUGUAUCUACAUAUACACUUAUAUAGAUAUUGUAUAUUAUAUAGAAAUAUAUAUAUACAUACAUACAUAUGUGUGUAUAUACAUAUAGAUAAGAAGAGUCUCAGCUAUUCCAUCCUGUUUACUGGAAUUCAUUUGCCAGAGUGAGCCAAGGCCUGUUUUGCUUUGAUUUACUCUGGUCUCCUCUUCAUCUGCUGCAAUUUUCCUAUGCCCUAAUUCUGAUUCUGUGUCUUUUUCAUAUUACAAGGCCUGAUCCUGUAGUCCUACGUGGGCAAAAUUCCCGUAAGUCCUUCUUAUUGCAGUAACGUUUAUGCAAUGGUUGACUGUAAUGCUUCUAAAAUUUUUUUUCUUUUUCUCUUGGAUGAGAAUGUAGAUAAAGCCAGACUUACAGUACAGUCUUUCCUGUAAACAGAAUUUUUCCAUAAUGAAUUGAACAUUUUUAUGGAACACUAAGAGGCGUAAAUUCUGGUGAGAAGAAUGUGAUCAUUCCAAUUUCUUAAAAGGGUCUAAUGGAAAACCAACAAUAUGUGCCUCCAAUUUUUAUAUAUAUGUUAAAUGAGAGAGUAAUCUUCUGACAAGGAAUAGGAGAAUAAAAGAGAGCUCAAAGUCAAACUCUUUCUUGUUAUAGGCCUAUAAUAUAUGGAUUUUUUCAUGCAGGACUGGUUCCAUGAGGUGACAAGAGCCAUGUGUGUCUUGUCAUUCUCGGUAAGUCAGGGUCUGCUUCGGUUAAUACCAUGAUUCCUAUGGUACAUUCUCUGUAUGCUUUUCCACUUUUGGGAAUGGUCAGAGAACUGUCAGGUGGAUAAAUAAAGGCCUUGAUGUUUAUCCAUGAUUCCUUUCUUCAACUGGUAAAAGCUUUGGGUGCUCAUUGGAUGGUGAACAUGGCAGUGCUAGGUUAGCAGCUGAGCUUGGAUCUUGGGGAUGUUUUCCAACCUUGAUGAUUCUAUGAUUCCUCUUUCUGAAAUUUAUAGAACAGGGCAUAAUAUUUCUGUUCUACUUCUUUUAGCUAAUCAAGUAGGCAGUGAACUGAAGGGGUUUGUUUGCUGUUUUGCUUUUGGCUCAAAUGCCUUUGGUUUUAAUUAGUACAAUUUUUGGUUACCAGGAAUGCUGGUAAAACGGAGUGAGGUUCAAUGUUUUGAGUACAUGCAGUACACAGGCAUAGGUCAUACAUUUUUUAGCUAAUCAAAUUUCAUAAACAUGCACCUCACAUAAGAAUACCUCACCUGUCUGCUUGAAGCCAGUCUUCCUUUUCCCUACACAUAAUAUUUGUGAAAGAGAAAUUAUAUAAAGUCAGCCUGGUUUAUAUAACAAUUGUCAGGAAUUAUCUUAAGAUAUUAUCAAAUGCCAAAAAGUUUUUAUCACUCAUUUUCAUGUGGUUUAAAUAAUCAGGCUUUUAAAUAUCCAUCUUCAAGGGGGGGUUUUGUUUGGUUGGGUUUUUUAAGGAAAAAUGUUCAGGAGUCCAUUGUUUCAAAGACUUAUGUAUUAACUUUGCAAUGACUCUCGCCAUCCAGGUUUGAACAGGUAGGCUGAUUUUACUCUCCAUUGAUGAUAACAUAUUCUCUCUCAACAGUAAUAAUGACAAACCCAAAUGCUAUGCUUCUGUUUCUUCUCUACAUGAAGAGCUUGGAUCCAUGAGAGUUCUUGCUGUUCUUGUGCAGGUGAAACUCCAUUAAAAUUAGUAUAGGGUCCUGUUUUGUUAAGACUCUUUCACCUGAUCAGGGACUGAAAGGAUAAACUCACUCUAUAAGUAUCAAAUUUGUGGUUGUUGUAUUUUAAAUUGGAAAACGCUUAUUUUUUAUUGUUAGUAUUAUGACAUGACGUGCCUCUGGAUCUCUCGUUUUCUGUCAGAAUUACUGUUGCGAGCCAGCUUUGGCCAAGAGUACAAUGUGUUUCUUCUAAAACAAUACCACAAGUGGGCUACUCAUGUGAGGUCCUGAUCAUCCACAAGUGUCUGUGGGAAUUCAGCUGGAAUUAAUUUGAGGUUUGUUUUGAGAUCACUUGAUCUUUGACCUUUUAUGUAAAGGACCUAUGGUAACAGCAGAACAGCUUGCUCCAAAAGAUGCAGUGUAAUUAGUUUGGUCUGCCUGGCUUCAAAUCCUUUUAAACCCGUAUCUGCUGCAUGGCAGGCAAGGUCAUAAAGGUUUGACACAAAAUGAAGUAGGAUUUUUUUGGCAAUUUCACAUCUUCUUCCUCUGACUGGAGAUCUGGAUUUGUUGCCAAGCAGCCUUCUCUGCAUCCUCUUUACUUUCACUGGCUAGAAAGCAAGAUUGGAAAUUGUUCCCCAGGUUUUAACUUUCUUUCUAUAGAGUCAGCCCAGACUCAAGUUACAGUGCUUGUGCUAACAGAUGCCAAUUUUCAAAUGCUUUCCUCUGAAUAUCCAAACUAGUAAAUUAAGGAAAUCACCAGCAAUGGCUUCAGACAAGUACUGACUUUUUGAAGUGGCCAACCAAUGGCUGCUAAUCUAAACUCUCUGGGCAAUACCACAAAGAAUUAAAUCUGUGUAUUAAUUAAAAAUACAAUGUUGUGACCCCAUGAGAAAUCAAGUAUUCAAUAGCAAAGUCUGCAGCAUGAUUAAAUUAAGUGGAAAGUAGUUCCAAGAUCGUUUUUUACCAUUGAGGAAGACAAAUGUUGAGUCCUUCAAAUUCUCUUGCUCAGUAAUUGCAGUUCUCUUCCCCUCCUUGGAAAUCUUCUAAGCCAUUCUUUUCAUUUAAGUUUGCUCAGGCACCCAAGAGCAUAAAGAGUUAAUGCCCAUGUAAUGGUCAUUUGUACAUAAAGUUGUAAUUAUUUAUUUUCUCAUUUGUACCAUAUCAAGGCUUUGUACAAUGUUUAAGUUCUGUUUUCAAAUUAUUUUGUAUUUUAUUUUUAUAAACUGGUUCUAAAUAAAAUAUUCAUUCCGCAUGCAAAACUUCAA